AUGAGCUGGGCCCUGGGCCGAGCUGUGGCGGCUCUGCUCCGCUGGGGGCUCGGCGCGGGCGGCGGCGGCCUGCGGGGUCCCGGCGUGCGGGUGGCGGGCUCGGGCGCGGGCGGCGGCAGCGGCUCGUCGGAGCGGCUGGACGCUCUGGUGAAGAAGGAUAAGGUGGUGGUCUUCCUCAAGGGGACGCCAGAGCAGCCCCAGUGCGGCUUCAGCAACGCCGUGGUGCAGAUCCUGCGGCUGCACGGCGUCCGCGACUGCGCGGCCUACAACGUGCUGGACGACCCCGAGCUCCGACAAGGCAUUAAAGACUAUUCCAACUGGCCCACCAUCCCACAAGUGUACCUCAAUGGCGAGUUUGUGGAGGGUUGUGACAUUCUUCUGCAGAUGCACCAGAAUGGGGACCUGGUGGAAGAACUCAAAAAGCUGGGGAUCCACUCCACCCUUUUAGAUGAAAAGAAAGACCAAGACUCCAAAUGAGGGCACCCGGGUCCUCACUGUGCAGAGAGGGAGCCCAUG